AUGCGGAGGAGGUGCGUUCCUGGGGGAGCCCUGAGUGGCUGGGCCCCCAGGCUCCUUGCCUCUAAAGCCGUCUCCCACCUCUGCCUCACAUUCUUCCUGGGCCAGCUGGGCUUGCUGCUGGGACACCCCCAGUGCCUGGAUUACGGGCCCCCCUUCCAGCCCGCGCUGCACCUCGAGUUUUGCUCCGACUACGAGUCCUUCGGCUGCUGUGACCAGCGCAAGGACCGCCGCCUCGCCGCCCGCUACAAGGACAUCAUGGAUUACUUAGACCUCAAGGGCCACGAGCUGUGCGGCGGCUACGUUAAGGACAUCCUGUGCCAGGAGUGCUCGCCCUAUGCAGCUCAUCUCUACGACGCCGAGAACCCUCAGACGCCCCUCCGGAACCUUCCUGGCCUCUGCUCUGACUACUGCUCUGCCUUCCAUUCUAACUGCCGCUCUGCCAUUUCCCUACUGACCAAUGACCAUCGCCCCCGGGGGCCACAGGAAGUGGACGGCGCCCAUUUCUGCCACCUCCUGAACCUUCCUGACGAGGACUACUGCUUCCCCAACGUCCUGAGGAAUGACCAUCUCAACCGCAACCUGGGUGUGGUGGCCCAGGACCAGCAGGGCUGCCUGCAGCUCUGCUUGGCCGAGGUGGCCAAUGGGCUGAAGAACCCGGUCUCCAUGGUCCACGCAGGGGACGGCACCCAUCGCUUCUUCGUGGCCGAGCAGCUGGGGGUGGUGUGGGUCUAUCUGCCUGACGGGAGUCGCCUGAAACAACCCUUCUUGGACCUCAAGAGUAUCGUGUUGACUACCCCCUGGGUAGGGGACGAGAGAGGCUUCUUGGGGUUGGCUUUUCAUCCCAAAUUCCACCGCAACCGCAAGUUCUAUAUUUAUUACUCGUGUCUGGGCAAGAAUAAGGAAGAAAAGAUCCGGAUUAGUGAGAUGAAGGUUUCUCGGGCUGAUCCCAACAGAGCUGACCCCAAAUCAGAAAGAGUCAUCCUAGAGAUAGAAGAACCAGACUCAAAUCAUAAUGGUGGACAACUUCUUUUUGGUGUGGAUGGCUACCUGUACAUCUUCACUGGGGAUGGAGAACGGGCUGGGAAUCCCUUUGGCAAGUUUGGAAAUGCUCAGAACAAAAGUUCCCUGCUGGGGAAAGUGUUGAGGAUCGAUGUGAACGGCGCCGGCUCAGAGGGCAAGAGGUACCGAGUACCCCCCGACAAUCCAUUCGUGGCUGAGCCGGGGGCCCACCCUGCCGUCUAUGCCUACGGGGUCAGAAACAUGUGGCGCUGCUCCAUGGACCGAGGGGACCCCGUCACACGCCUGGGCCGUGGCCGCCUGUUCUGUGGGGACGUGGGACAAAAUAGGUUCGAAGAAGUUGACAUCAUUGUGAAAGGUGGGAACUAUGGUUGGAGGGCAAAGGAAGGAUUUGAAUGUUACGACCGAAAGCUUUGUCACAAUGCCUCUCUGGAUGACAUUCUCCCAAUCUAUGCUUAUGGCCAUACAGUGGGGAAGUCAGUCACUGGAGGAUAUGUCUACCGUGGGUGUGAAUCCCCAAAUCUCAAUGGCCUCUACAUCUUUGGGGACUUCGUGAGUGGUCGACUUAUGGCUUUGCAGGAAGAUAGAGAAACCAAGAAAUGGAAGAAACAGGACAUUUGUCUGGGCAACACUGAGUCCUGUGCCUUCCCAGGGCUGAUCAGCACAUACAGCAAAUAUAUCAUAUCUUUUGCGGAAGAUGAAGCAGGGGAGCUCUAUUUCCUGGCCACGUCUUACCCCAGCGCUUAUGCACCGCAAGGAUCGAUUUACAAAUUUGUUGACCCAUCCAGGCGCGCGCCCCCAGGCAAGUGCAAGUACAGGCCUGUGCCAGUGAGAACCAAGAGCAAGAGGGUCCAGUUCCGGCCGCUCGCCAAGACAGUCUUGGACCUGGUAAAGGAGCAGUCGGAGAAAGCUGUUAGAAAAUUAUCCAAUGCAACUUCAGCCUCCAGCCCAGACCGGGCCUCACCCAGGAAAGGCCCCUCCAAGAAGCUAGCUUCUCCUACAAGCAGCAGGAAGAUGUUUCAAAGGCCUGGUACAAAGAAGAGAGCCCCAGCAAGGUCCCUAGGCCCCCAGGGCAAGAGGAAGCGAGACUGAAACCCCGCCAGGGCAGGGGCAGGCAGUCAGCACAUCCCAGGCGAGCUGGCAGGAGUCUCCCUUGGCCUUUUCCGUCCUGGUGGUUGACCUGGGGACGUGCCAGCGGAGAACCACCUCUCCGUGUGCAGGCUGCU